AUGACCGCCGUCCGCCGAUGUGUUCGCGUGCUCUGCCUGCUUGCUCUUCUAUCAGGUGCUUGGCACCUUACAUCUGCCGCCUUCAGUUCCCCGGCACAGUCAAGGAUGUCACGCAGAGCCUACGAAUCCGGGAAAGCCAACGUCGGCGCCGAGAUCUCCGACACAGACGUCCAGCCACCACCACCGCCGGUCCUGGAGUGCGACGAGGGAUGCAUGACAGCUAUCUUCGACUGCAUUGAAGAAGGCUGUUCUGUCGAUGCGUUGUUGAAGCUGGAUCAGAAGUUGGCAGACGAUGAGCAACGAAUCGCCGACACAGUGAAGGAGCUUGAGGGUGUGCAGAAGACAGCAUUCUCGCCAGAAAACGCAGGGACACUUGCUUGGCUGAACAACUUCCUGAGCCGCAGCGGCAGCUUGCGCGGACAGCUGCAGGCACUCCAGGGAGUCAAGGACUCGAACUUUGUUCAGCAAAUCGUCAAGGCUGCAUCGGUGGCUUUUGGCGGCGGACGGCCCAAUGACUACCCCAAGGUUGGUGUGUCUCCGUACUCCUCCUGA